AUGGCUCUGAAGAACGUGCUUGUUACAGGAUGCUCCUCUGGGAUAGGUCUGGCUAUUGCUGCCAAGCUGGCCAAGGAUGAACAGAAACGAUUUAAAGUUUAUGCAACAAUGAGAAACUUGUCGAAGCAAGAUGACCUGGUAAAAGCCGCAGAAGGAUGUGCGGGGACAACACUGGAGGUCAAACAGCUGGAUGUGUGCAGUGAAGAGUCCAUCAGAGACUGCGUCAACAGCAUACCGGAUCGAAGAGUGGACAUUUUAGUUAGCAAUGCAGGAGUUGGGCUCAUAGGACCUAUUGAAUGUCAAAGCAUUGAAGAAAUGAAAACUGUGAUGGAUACAAAUUUCUUUGGACUGGUCAGACUACUAAAGGAAAUCUUACCAGAUAUGAAACAGAAGAAGAAUGGUCACAUAGUAAUUAUCAGCAGUGUCAUGGGAAUCCAAGGCAUUUUGUUUAAUGAUGUCUAUGCUGCCUCCAAGUUUGCUGUUGAAGGCUUCUGUGAAAGUCUAGCAAUACAGGCCCUGAAAUUCAAGCUCCAGUUGAGCCUCAUUGAACCUGGUCCGGUGAUCACAGAGUUUGAACGGAAAGUUUUUGAAGAUGGAAUGAAGAUGGACCUUUCUGCAGUAGAUAAGGAAACUGCAGAGAUGUUUACCAAUAUCUAUCUUAAAAACUACAAGUCAAUCUUCCAAAGCUUGGGACAGACAGCUGAAGACGUGGCAGAGCAUACAAUGAAGAUUAUUCUGUCAGAAAAUCCACCGUUCCGUCACCAGACAAACACUCUCUACACUCCAAUGACAACAUUAAAAUAUGCCGAUCCCAAUGGUGACUUACCCAUCGAUACCUUCUACAAAAUGGUCUUUCAGCAUGACAAAGUCUUUAAUGCCAGCCUUAAUUUCAUCAAACUCCUGAGAUGGAGGAGUAAAAGGAGCUUUGACUUGGGGAAACCACAAUCAUAGGACGUCGUACAAGCCACUCAUUGCAUUUUAACAAUACUUAUGGAUCA